AUGCUGGGAAGCCAGGCUUCGAAAAGGGCCGCUUUUGGGCCAGAUGGCGGGACCUCGCCUCGCAAGGCCAAAGCUCGGCUCCUACAGGCGUGUGGGGGCUCCUGCCAGUGCGCAUGCGCUGCCCAGCGCUACCAGGGCACUUCGGCACAGUGCCUGAGCAUCAUUCGCCAGUCUAAGACGGCCAAGCGUUCAGAAAUUCCCAAGGCAGAGAAGGGUCGAAGCAUGGGCAUUAGCCAGGCCCUGCGAGACCUGGACUACCCAGAGACUCGUUGCCUGACGGUGGGGCAAGUGGCCGUGGCGCCGGUGAAGGACACGGGGAUGCGGGCGCUCAUGGCCCAGGCUUUCAGCGCUGCCGCCGCACAGGAGAUGGCGGCUUUAGGGCGAGCCUGGCAGCUUGGUGAAGCAGAGGGAGAGCGCCGCCUUGAGGAGGGGGUGGCGCGGGCUUUGAAGCACAUCUGCCGCCGAGCGGAGAGGAGCUGCGUCCUCAAAGCACUGCGGCAGCCUGCUGUCCCGGCUUCAGAGAUUGCGGGCAUCCUCUCAGAUGAGGAGCUGGCCUUGGAAGCCCGCUGUUCGCAGCUGGAGUCGGAGCUUGCAGCCUCGAGUGAACGUCUCAGCUUUCUGGAUACCGUCGAAGCAAAGGUUGACAUGCUGGUAUCCGAAUGGCAACCCCGGUCUCAGGAGGAGCUGCUUCACAACCUCUCCGAGGAGGUGGCAAACAUCUCCGUGGUCCAAGAUGAUGGUGCUGAGCUGGAUGAAGGCUUUGAGCAGUCCCUGCAGCGACUUGGUUUGGUGAGCAGUUGGCUGAAUCGGACCCUCUGCCAGCUGGAGGAAGCUCGCCAAGAGCUCGCCGAGAAAGAGAAGGCUGCGGCCUCAUGUGCAUUCUUGCAUCUGCCGGGCGAAGCUCCAAAUGCGCAGAGUGCUCUGGCACGUUUGCCUUGA